CUCCACAGCUAUCGCGCGCACGCUUACCUCAUCACAGGAAAACGCGUGGAGUUGUCACAUUUUACGGAAUAAUCUCGAAAUAUCUGCUUGUUUGGUGCUGCUAUUCAAAUAAAUUCUGCCUCUAAUGAAUUAAUCAGUACAUACUUUUAGAGGACGUUAACCUUCAGUGUUUUGAAGUUACCAGAUACGUCCAAUGGUCUGUGUGAUAUCACCAGUUGCUUUAAGAUGAACAAAGAGAACUGAAAGGCAUCCUGGCUCUUCCUCAAGCUCUCUAUUUCUCCAUCUCCUGCCUAGGCUCCUCUAUGGGUUCCCGAAGUCAGGGGUUCUUUCACCACUCAUAUAACCAUCAUCACCACCACCAUCAUCAUCACCGCAGUUCAGUAAUGCCUACAACUGUGCCUCGACUGGUGCCUGAGACCAGCAGCCUGUUGGGUGGCAUUGCCCAGAUCACUCCUUCCUUGUUCAUUGGACGUGGGAAUGUGGCGUCCAACCGCAGUCUCCUCCUGUCCAAAGGAAUUACCUGUGUGGUGAAUGCCACCAUUGAGCUGCCCAACUUCAACUGGCCGCACAUGGAGUACAUGAAGGUGCCACUGGCCGACAUGCCCCAUUCUCCGAUCUCACUUUAUUUUGACAGUGUUGCUGAUAAGAUCCAAAGCGUGGGCCGUAAACAGGGAGCUGUCCUGGUGCAUUGCGCGGCUGGGGUGAGCCGUUCCGCCUCGCUUUGUUUGGCUUACCUCAUGAAGUACCACAGAGUUUCCCUGGCUGAGGCCCACGCUUGGGUGAAGGCCCGGCGACCCGUCAUUCGCCCUAAUGGAGGAUUCUGGCGACAACUUAUUGAGUAUGAGAGGAAACUGUUUGGCAGGAACUCUGUGAAAAUUAUCCAGACACCAUAUGGGGUCAUACCAGACAUCUAUGAGCGGGAUCGUAGAAACCCGGUACCUUACUGGGGCUUGUGAAGAGGGGUUUGGCUCAAGAGUAGAGUAUCAAAAUGUCAGAUAACUGAUCUCUGUCUCCCAUCAUCUUCACACCUCUUUACCUCCGGUGAGAGGAUCAAGUGACAUGCAAGUGCUGGCUUGAGAGUUUGUGUCCACUUUCUUAUGAGAUUAGGAGAGAAAGGGUCAUUUUUAAUGCUGAACUGAUUCCCCUCAAGAGCAUACUGCUCAGGAAAACUGGUAGCAUUUGAAACAACAGCAACAAUGAAAACUUUGUAUUCCAGUGCUUAUUUAAUAUCUUGUUCAGAAGAAAUUACUAAAAAAGACAGACACGAGUUUUGCAAGGUUUUAAGAGACAUAAAACUGUUUAACAGAUGGACACUACAAUUUUAUUUCAGUUUUCAGAUUCCAUAUUGAAUGAUGUGUUAUUGAAUGUAAAAGAAAAUGUCAUAUAUAAAGAGCAAUUCUGGGAUAUAAAAUAG